AUGAGAAGUCGGAGUGGAAGACUGCUCGAGAACAAGACCAAAGUUGGAUUCAGGCAAUCGACUGAGGAUAGUAAUGACAAUCAUUACCUGGAUAUCAGCAGUGAGGGUAGGAGUGGCAGUGAAGAGAACCGAUUGAAGGAAGGAAGUUCAUCCUUGGAAUCGAUCAGCCAAGUUGGCCAUGAAGGAUUUGCAAAUAAAAAUGGAGAGGUUUAUCCCAAACCAGCUUGUCCAGUAUUUCAGUACUUUGAGAAGGAUCCACCCUAUGGAAGAGAGCCAUUGAUUGAUAAGGAAAAUGAUAUAUCAGUUCUUGCAAGUAAAUUUCGAAACCUGAAAGCAUACAACAGCUGUGAUAUGCUACCUUCUAGCUGGAUGUCUGUUGCCUGGUACCCAAUUUACAGAAUUCCAAUAGGUCGCACGUUAAAGGAUUUGGAUGCCUGUUUUUUGACAUUCCACUUCUUGGCUACUCCUAAAAAUAGUGUCAAUCCAUCUUCAGUGGUUCUUGGCUCCAUUGGUAACAAGAUUGUCGGGAACUCCAAUGACCGGCCUGUGAAGCUAUGCUUGCCUGUUUUUGGUCUGGCUUCGUAUAAGUUCAGAAGUUCUGUUUGGACAUCUUCUAGCCUGCAUGAAGGGCAGCGUGCAAGCUCGUUAUUGCAAGCUGCAGACGAUUGGCUUCGCCUCCAACAAAUCGAUCAUCCUGACUAUUGCUUCUUUUUUCACAUGCCAACACAUUUAGGACUUAGGUGUUGA